CGUGCGUCACCAGCCCUGCUCUGAUUGGCUGAUUCUGCUGCCGACGUACAAACAGGCCUUUCGUAACAGUGAGCGUGUGUGUUAUCAAACGCGAAUUGUUCAGCAAACGCGGGGAGCAGUUUUCUUGUUCACCAGCAGCAUGGCCCACACAUGUAUCCACUGGUUCCGCAAGGGCCUCCGGCUGCACGACAACCCGGCACUGCUGGCUGCUCUGAGGGACUGCGAGGAGCUCUACCCCGUGUUCCUCCUGGACCCUCACCUCCACAACGAUGCCCGCAUGGGCAUCAACCGCUGGAGGUUCCUGGCCGGGGCCCUCAGGGACCUGGACUGCAGCCUGAGGAAGCUCAACUCCAGGCUGUUUGUCGUGCGAGGCCGACCCGAGGAUGUGUUCCCCGCGCUGUUCGACAAGUGGAGAGUGACAAAGUUAACCUACGAGUACGACACAGAGCCCUACAGCCUGAGCCGGGACAAAACAGUGACCGCACUGGCCGAAGAACACGGAGUCGAGGUCGUCUACAAAAUCUCCCACACCCUGUAUGAUACAGAGAGGAUUAUCGAGGAAAACAAUGGGAAGGCCCCCCUCACUUACAACCGCAUGCAGGCAAUAGUGAAAAGUCUGGGCCCCCCGAAGAAACCGGUCCCUGCGCCGACCAUGGAAGUCAUGGCAGAGGCGAAGACCCCUUGCUCAGAAGACCACGAGAAGAAGUACGGGAUCCCUGCGCUGGAGGAGCUCGGUCAGGGCGCUGCUGCCCUGUCGGAGGAGCAGUUCCCAGGGGGAGAACAGGAGGCUCUGAGGAGACUGGAUGAACAUAUGCAACGAACGGGAUGGGUGUGUAACUUUGAGAAGCCCCAGACGUCUCCAAACUCUUUGAGCCCCAGCACGACUGUUCUCAGUCCAUAUGUCACCUUCGGCUGCUUGUCCGCACGCACCUUCUGGUGGAGGCUGACGGACGUCUAUCAGGGGAAGAAGCACUCAGAUCCUCCAGUUUCUCUGCAUGGCCAGUUGCUGUGGAGAGAGUUCUUCUACACGGCCAGUGCAGGCAUCCCAAACUUUAACAAGAUGGUGGGCAACCCUGUAUGUACUCAAGUGGACUGGGACACUAACUCCGAAUACCUGGCUGCAUGGAGAGAGGCUCAGACUGGUUUCCCCUUCAUUGAUGCCAUCAUGACUCAGCUGAGACAGGAGGGCUGGAUCCAUCACCUGGCCAGACACGCCGUCGCUUGUUUCCUCACCCGGGGAGACCUGUGGAUCAGCUGGGAAGAAGGGCAGAAGGUGUUUGAGGAACUUCUGUUGGAUGGCGACUGGGCUCUGAAUGCGGGGAACUGGCAGUGGCUCUCAGCUAGUACCUUCUUCCAUCAGUACUUCAGGGUCUACUCCCCCGUCGCCUUCGGCAAGAAGACCGACAAGAAUGGAGACUACAUCAAGAAGUACCUUCCUCUUCUUAAGAAGUUCCCUGCUCAGUACAUCUAUGAGCCUUGGAAAGCUCCACGCAGCAUCCAGCAGGCAGCAGGAUGCAUUGUGGGUAAAGACUACCCACAUCCUAUUGUACAGCACGAGGUGAUCAGCAAGAAGAACAUCCAGAGGAUGAAGUUGGCUUAUGCAAAGAGAUCCACAGACGACACGGAGUCACCCAGCAAAAAGCAAGGCACAAAGCGCAAGACUCCAUCUGUUGUGGACAUGCUGAAGAAAAAAGAAAGAAGAAAGUAAAUCACUGUUAAUGAAUGUAAGGAGGCUGUCUACUAUAACACAUUUUUUAUAGCACAACACUAUUUUCUAAAUUUAAUUUUUAAUACGGUUCUUGUUUUUUUCUUUUCUGUUAUGUUGUUAGAUCCAUGUUAAAUAAUAAAAUGCCUUAUUGUUUUUACCCUAGAAAUGACUACUCAGAUAUUUGCAUUCAUCCUAUAUAAAAGUCACGUGGAAUAUUAGCCAAAUAUUGUGAAAUUUUAAUUUAUUAGCUUAAAGUGGCACGAUAUUGGCAAUCUCUGUGGCAAGAUCUUAUUUCAAUGUGAGGAAAUUAACAUUUAGCAUUUCUCUCAACUUCUCAAUGAGACAUCAAAACAAUACUGUGUAUUUAAGUGCAAAAAACAAUUCUUAACUCUGACCACUAGAGGUCACUAUAAGUCUACCGGAAGAAAGAUCUGCUAUUCACUGUUUGAGUGCAAGUUACCAAAUAAUCGAUUAUACUGAUAAUUGCUUUAAUAUGUCAGACAUGUUUAU